AUGUCAUUAAACACCCUCCUCUCAUCCGCCUACUCCCCAGCCAUCACCUCAGAAGUCCACUCUUCGAUAACUUACAAACCCCUGCAUCUCCACCCAAAUACCCUCCCUCCCCCUCCUCCCGCGCCGCCAUCAAAACCCCUAACAGCAACCCAAAAACGCGCUCAAAAAAUCCACCAAAUUCCCAAAUCCGUCCCACCCACUACGCUCCGCGCUCUCCACGCCCUCUGGAGCGACUACGCCACCGAUCUCCUCCGCUCCACCUCCUCCUCAGCUGCGGCGGCGCAGCUCAUGGCUAGCGCGGAAUUCGUUGGCGCGAGGGUCGAGGUUGUCCGGAGUGCUUGUCCAAGCCUUGUGGGUAUUGUGGGGGUUUGUGUGAUUGAGAGGAGGGGGGUUGUGUAUAUUGCUUGUGAAGAGAGCGGGAGGGUUAGGGGGGCUGGGAAGGGGGUUUGCGUGUUCCGGAUCGAGGUUGGGGGAGGGAAAGAGGGACAGGGAAGGAGGGUGUUCGAGGUGCACGGGAGGAGGUUUUUGGUUAGGCCCGGGGAGAGGGGUGGGAAGAAGUUCAAGGGGAGGGGAAUGUUGGAGUUAUAG